AUGGACGCGCUCUUCUCGAUUCCCUUCCUGUCCCUCUUGUUCGUACCCGCCAUCACGUCCUACGGCACGAGUCUCAAUCUCCUCUUCUUUUACAUGACAUGGACCACCCUGGUGCUGUCCCACUCUCCGCUCCGAGUAGAGCUCUUCGGCUCGGCUGCCGUGCGAUUACUGUUUUAUGCGCUGCCGUCCCUCAUCUUCUUCCUCUUCGACAUCCUCAUCCCGAGCACUGCGAUCGCUGUCAAGGCGCAAGGUGAAGCUGGCCUCCCUGGAGGCAGGAAGCGACAUACACUCCGGGUAAAGCAGUUCAAGGUCGCAGGAUGGGCGUUUUUCAACAUCUGCCUCAGCAUUGCCGCGCAGUCAGCGAUUGAGUCCCUGCUGGUCCGCGGGCUCGGCGUGCGCAGCGCGAUCAAAGUGUCCAUGAGGCUCCCAAUGCCUUGGGGUAUGGUCAAGGACAUGUUCUUCGGGCUUUUGGUCCGAGAGAUCCUCACCUUCGUCCUACACCGCUACGUCCUGCACUCGAAGAAUAUCCUCGCCAAGUACCAUAACAACUGGUACCACCAGCUUAAUGCGCCUUUCCCGCUUACCGCGCAUUACGACCACCCGCUCGCUUACUUGGUGCACAAAUUCCUUCCGACCUACUUGCCGGCUAUGCUGUUCCGUUUCCACAUGCUCACUUUCCUGCUCUUUCUGGGGAGUAUCUCGAUUGAGGAGACUUUUGCGUAUUCAGGGUACACGAUCAUGCCGACCAGCUUCUUCUUGGGUGGGAUUGCGCGCCGUACCGAUACGCAUUUGAUCGACGGUGGAGUGGGGAACUUUGGGACCUGGGGUCUUUUGGAUUGGAUCUGUGGUACCACUGAUGGUGAUAGGGAUUUUGAGGAUGAUUUGGCUAGUGAGAUUGAAGAGCAUGAGAUUGAAGAGCAUGAGAUUGAAGAUAAAGUAAGGAAGGCAUUGGAGUCUUCGAAGCGGAAGAUUAGGGAGGGAACCUUGCGGAGAAACAUGCCUGCACGUACCCGCAGAAACGGCCAUGCUUGA